AUGUUUCUCAAUAGAAUGAUGAAGACCAGGACUGGUCUUUAUCGCUUAUAUUCAACCCUUAAAGUUCCACAUGUAGAAAUCAAUGGCAUAAAAUACAAGACCGACCCACAGACUACCAAUGUUACAGAUUCAAUAAUAAAGCUUACCGACAGAUCAUUACAUUUGAAAGAAUCACAUCCAGUAGGCAUUCUUCGCGAUCUAAUUGAAAAGAAAUUAAACUCAGUCGACAACACAUUUAAGAUCUUUAAUAAUUUCAAGCCCGUGGUAACCACAAUGGAAAACUUCGAUUCUUUAGGGUUUCCUAAGGAUCAUCCUGGAAGAUCAAAAUCUGACACAUAUUAUAUAAAUGAGACGCACCUACUGAGAACACAUACUUCAGCCCACGAAUUAGAGUGCUUUCAAAAAAUAAGAAACGAUUCAGAUAAUAUUAAAAGUGGAUUUUUAAUAUCUGCAGAUGUGUACAGAAGAGAUGAAAUUGACAAAACUCACUAUCCGGUAUUCCACCAAAUGGAAGGAGCCACAAUUUGGAAACGAACGAAGGCUGAUGUGGGCGUAAAGGAGCCAAUGUAUAUCGAGAAAAUCCGUGAAGAUAUCAGACAGGUAGAGAACCUUUUAAAUAAAGAAAAUGUAAAGAUUACGGUUGACGAUGAUACUAUACCUUUGAAAGAAAAUAAUCCUAAACAAGAGUAUAUGUCCGAUCUGGAGGUUGAUUUGUGCUCUCAACAUUUGAAGAGGUCCAUUGAACUGAUAGUUUCUGAAGUUUUUAACAAAAAAAUAUCUAGCAUGAUCAAGAACAAAGCGAAUAAUACACCCAAAGAGCUAAAAGUCCGUUGGAUUAACGCUUACUUCCCCUGGACCGCGCCCUCAUGGGAAAUAGAGGUUUGGUGGCAGGGCGAAUGGCUCGAACUCUGCGGAUGCGGAUUGAUUCGUCAAGAUGUGCUACUAAGAGCCGGAUAUAAACCUUCUGAAACAAUUGGGUGGGCUUUUGGCUUGGGUUUGGACCGCAUUGCUAUGCUUCUUUUUGAAAUUCCAGAUAUUAGACUGCUUUGGAGUCGUGAUGAAAGAUUUUCAAGACAAUUCUCCAAGGGAUUAAUUACUUCCUUCAAACCUUAUUCAAAACACCCGGGAUCAUUUAGGGAUGUUGCGUUUUGGUUACCAGAAGAUAAACCAGAUAUUCAUCAAGUUCAUGAAAAUGAUUUGAUGGAAAUUAUCAGAAAUAUAGCUGGCGAUUUGGUAGAGAGUGUCAAGCUAGUCGAUAGCUUUACGCAUCCGAAAACUGGGAGAAAAUCUAUGUGCUACAGGAUCAACUAUCAAUCAAUGGACAGAAAUUUGACAAACGCCGAAGUUAACACUUUGCAAGACAUGGUGUGUUCUAAAUUGGUAAAAGAAUACAGCGUAGAACUCAGAUAG